GACCGACGUCCAUGUGUUUCGCAAACAAGGACGAGCGUUGACGACGAAGACGCGGGCUACGGUCCAAGUAUGAAUAAAAUAACUAUACGGCAUCUCGAGGGGAAUGUCAUGUCGAUAUAAUGGUGACCGGUCUGGUUCAACGCUGGUACAGUUCCAGUUGGUCGAGCCAACGCAAUCACCCAGACCGGCUCUGGGGAAGACAAGACAAGACAAGACAAGACAAGACCAUGACCCAUUGUUUUCGGGGGGGUUCAGACGUCCAGACCUGCAGCUGCAGAAGAACCGAGGUCGGUGGCUGGUAUUAUUACCAACCCGAACCAAGCCAAGCGUCUCCCCUUGAGCUGCACAUCGGCCAGCUUAUGCAAGAGUUGCAGACCGCCUUGAGGCCCAAUUCCCAAAUCCCGUUAAGUGCGGGCAACGAGCGGGACGGACAACACACAACGAAACCCACAACGAAACCCACAACACGCACACUCGCACAUUCGCACAUUCGCACAUUCGCACCCAGAAAGAGACCGACAAGACGAGGAGACACAGACGAACAGACGGCUCACCACUUUUCCCCACGCGACUACGACUAUUUGCCUUCCUUCAUCACGUCCGGUCCUUGAACCCCCGACACCCCCGACACCCCGACCCCCAACCUCCUAACCUUCCAACCCCCCACAAACACCCCCAAAUACAAGACUCAACUUUGGUCGUAUAUUUACUAGCCGCACAGUGACAGACAAGACAGUUGCUCUUAAACUACUGC